AUGCGGCAUUAUAGGCUUGGAGACGAGUGGCUGGAUGACUGUGAAGAGGAAAGGAACCUGGGGGUUGAGUUCAGACACACCACGGGAAGAAGGGCAGCAGGAGACCUUUCUGCCCGGGAAGCCCAGGAAGAAGGAGCUCUCCAGGAGCUGUGCAUGGACAUCCUGGGAUCACUGGACGUCUCUGUGAGAGGGAUGUCCAAACUCCUGUGGCCGCGGCUGCUGUUGUUUGUGGUGCCAGCGCAGUACACAGGCAUGCUGAUCCCAGUCUCCCGCUGUGUCUGUGCCCUGGCUGAGAAAGAGGAGCUGACAGGACGGCGCAUAGAACACCUGGAUCCCCAUUUUGUCAGCUCCAUGUUUCAAGGCCCACUGCUGACGCUCCAGACCCUGCUGGUGUGCCUGUUGGUGGUGGCAGGCAGCCCUGGUGCAGGGAGCAAACUCCAAGCUGCUGCCUUACUGCUGAUGAAAAACCUUCACAGCAGGUUCCAUAGAGCUGUGGGGGCCAUGUGGGCUGCCGAGAUCCCCCUGCUGCUGCAGUGCCUCGAAGGUAAAGGCAAGGGAACAUUGUCUUCUCCUGUUCUCCAACAGUUCCUGAGGGCAUCACUGGACACAAUAGAGGAGAAGGCAUGGAUCGAGGCCCUGAGCUGUGAGCUGAGCCAGCGGCUGAGCAGCUCUGCCAGCAGCUCUGCAGAAAAGUCGUUCCUGUACAAGGCUCUGGGCACAGAGCUGGGAUCCUGCAAGGGAGUCCUCCACGUGCAGGAGAAGCUGCUGCAGCACCUGGAGGAGGCAAAUGCAGAGGAGCCACGUGAGGCCCAGGGAAUCAUCUCUCUUCUCAGCCAUGCUGCUGAGAACAACUUCCACACAGUCCUGGCCACGCUCACCAUGUUUGCGUCCAGGCUGUGCAAAGGCCGCAAUGCCAGGAUUUCCAGGCGCAAGAAGAUGGAGCUGGACAGCAUGAGAGCUCAUGCCACACGCAGCGCUCUCAUGCUCGCCCACGGCAGUGUGGCACUGCAUGCCUCCAAAGAACAGCUGCUCGCCCACCUGGAGGGAGACAUCGUGGGCAACGUCCUGAUGCUCUACAGCUGCAGCUGCCAGGACUUGCAGAACAACCUUGCUCUGGUGCAGAGCAUCACUGACUGCAGCUCUGCCUUCCAAGCUGUGGGUGGUUCUGCAAGCUUUAACCCCUCCUUGAAGAGCAAGCUGCUGGAGAUCCUGAUGGACCUGCUGAAGAAGUAUUACUCGGGCAUGCCUGUCUCCCCAAUGCCUCUCAAGGCGGUUCUGGCCCUGGAGCAGUUGAGCAAGCUGAAGCCUUCUUUCGAAAGCAAGGACCUGCGUGUGAUGUUGGUCCUGUGCUGCAAGAACAUCGUGACAUAUCCUUCAGCAGAGAAGGCACACUCCUUGGUGGGAUUGCUGGCGCCUCUGACGUGUGACCCCAUGCCUGCAUCCCGCCAGCUGGCCGUCACCUGUUUGAGCUCCCUUCUGCGAAUCCAAGCCAAAACAGUCAACACAGUCAUUGAGAUGGGUGACAUCGGGAGCCUGUGCGAGGGGCUGCAUGCCUGCAGCAUCACCUCUCAGCUCCAGACCACAUCCAAAAUGGCAAGAAUCGUGUGCAGAAACUUCCCCCUAGAACGCACCGUUGACUUCAUGGCGGCCAUCAAGGAGACGAUCGGGAAAGCCAAUGGAGUGCGCGUGCGUGCGUGUGGGAAGUGGAUGACCACCUUCCUGCAGAUGCACGGGAAGGACGUCUGUUGGAACGUGCCUCCGAUCCUCUACAUCCUGCGCAGCAUCACAUCGUUUGCGCAGCAGAGCACGUUCCUGCCCUUCCUGUGCCAGGCGGUGGUCAUCCUCACCCGCUGUCACACUGAGGCCGUAAUGAACAACUUCUCCCGGCCGCUUGGGCCAACAGACAGUGAGACGUGGAAAAGAAUAAGAGAGUUUUGCCUUCAACGCUGGAGCCGGUAGAAGAACGAAGAGAAAGACAAAGAGGAAGAGGAAGAGAGGAGAAGGAGAAGGAGAAGGAGAAAAGGAGAAGCAAGGCGAGGCGAAGUGAAGUGACGAGAAGCAAAGCGGAGAAACAUAGAGAGAAGAGAAGCGAAGCAAAAAGAGAAGCGAAGGAAAGCGAAAAGAUACCAUUAAUCACAUAGAGAAUUGUAAUUGUAUUUGAAUUGUAAUUGAAUUGUAAUUGUAACACUAUUAUUAUUAAUAUCUUUAAUAAU